AUGGCUGCUUCAUUUUCCCUGGAAGAGAAGCGGUUUGUUCUCGCAGAGAUGAUCAAAUGCAGCACUGUUGAUAUCGAAAGACUGGCACGAUUUGUUGAGUCCAAUGUGCUCGACCCAAAGUGGAUGACCAUGCAAAUACCAACAGGCCGCAACCUAGAACAGUGCAUGCAAGUCGCGAACCUCCUAUCGACAGCCCCAGGUCAUAGAUCCUCAAUGUCUCAGAAUGAUCACUUGAUCAGCAACGGUAUGAACCAGCCAAGACAGAUUGCGCCGAGAACGAGCCCCGGCCGCCAAACGCCUGGGGCCAUGCCGACGUCACCUGGCAAAAUGUCCCCAUGGCAGCUGGCGGAUGGCGUUGAAGAUAGACGACCCGUUCAGUACGAAGCCCCUAGUACUCAAGUUCCAAAGAAGAGAGGACGCCCGUCGCGAAUAGACCGAAAGACAGCCGCUCCGGCACGACUUGCCACCAUCGCCCCCAAGCCUGCUCAGCUCACCCCCGGUCCGAAUACGCCUCGAACUAUUCUUCCAGCAGCUCAACGACAGGACGAUGCUCAAAACUCUCAGCCGCCUCCUUCGGUCCAUACCCUACCACCUCUCGAUUCGCCGCCAGGUAGGAAAAAAAGACGGACGGCCAUGGGUGCAGUUUCGGUUUCUACCUCUCCUCCUGCCCCUCCUCCUGGCCCCUACCUACCUCCUGUUACCACGCCCCCAUCGUCUCUGGACUAUGGUAAUCGGCCACGAGCGUCAAGUGAGACAGACUCCACAGGUGUUCGCGAGUCGGGGCCGAUCCAACCCCCUCGCCCAGUCCCGCUGGAGCCGGAACCACGACAGUCACCUUUCAUGCCGGUUGGAUCUGCGGCACCACCAUCUCAGAUCAAGGCCUAG